GAGCGCGAUGCCGCCGCGCCUCGGCCCCCCGCCUGGCGGGGGCCCGCCCCCCCCCAUGUCGAGCGGCGCUUCGCGCCACGGGCCGGUGGCCCUCCCCCGCGCCGCCGAGGGCGAGGGCGCGCGCCCCGCGACCCCGGGCCACCUCGCACGCCCAGGCCCGAGGGUGGGCCGGACGCCAGACGUGCUGGAGCAGGAGAGGGCCAGGGGCGCUUCCUGGAGGGCGCGCGGGUCCGGAGCACCUCGCGGCCCGCGGGGCUGCUCGGGCCCCUGCCCGAGCAGCGCUCCCCGCGCCCGGCCGAGGCGGGCAUCCCCGCGGAGAGGCAGCGCGACCGCGCGGACGGCUCGAGGCACACGUCGCCGCCGGCGCCGCCGUCGCUGGGGGCCUGGCAGGAGGAGAGCGCGGCGUGGCGGCGGCGCUGUCGGCCAUGCACGCGGACCUGGGGUCGUUCCACAAGCAGCAGCUGGAGGCGCAGGCCGCCCAGGCCGCCGCGAGCAGGCAUCUCCGCGCGCAGGUGGAGAGCCUGGAGCAGCGCGUGUCCGACGUCCCGCACGCGGGCCUGCGCCACGCCGCACAGCGCGGCCAGGACGAGGACUCGUCGGGGUCCUCCGCGAUCCUGCAGGAGUGCUCCAGGACUCGAGGAAGACUGGACCGCUAUGCCGCAACGUGUGCCGGGUAUUCGGGCAAGGUUGAGGUCCUCUCCGACGUGCUCAAGGAAGGGAUCGACGCGACCAGGGAAGAGAUGAAGACGGCGCUCGCGAGUUGCUCGCAGAAGCUAGAAGAGAUCAUGAAGGCCGUCGACCGUUGUGGGGCUCGGGUCGCCCCUGACGCCCUCGACACCAGGUGCCGCGAGGCAGCGGGGAAGCGGCAGGCCAAGGGCAGACCGUGCGACAUCCUCCAGGCGGAGAGCACCGGAAACUGGCAGGAGGUGGCCCAGAUCCGCGAGUCGCCCAAGUGCCCGCUGAUGGGGAGCAUCCUGGAGGUCCCGGACGACAGCGCUUGCCCCGACGACGCGCCAGGCCCGCCCAGCGCCACGCUGCUGGUGGAGCGGCUGGCCCCCGACAUGAAGCAGCUCCUCGCCCUGCUGGCCGACCCCGGCAGCAGGCCGCCCCCCGGGGCCGCCGAGGCGUGCAGCGCGCCCGCUCCCGGCGGCCUGGCCGGGCGCUUCGACGUGCAGGGCAGGCCUGGGCCGGGAGGCAGGCCGCCUCGCGGCCCGAAGCCGCCCGCCCUCGCGGUGGAGGACGGGGCCGCCCGGGGAGGCUCUCCGUCGCGCGGGGGGCGGGGCGCCCUGCGGGCCGCGCUGGAGGACAAGGCCGCCCGGGGAGACCCGAAGGCCGCCUGGCUCGGGGUGCCGCCUCGCGGGCCGAAGCUGCCUGCCUUCAGCAUGGAGGACGACGCCGGCCCGGGAGGCCCGAUGACCGCGCGCCUCGGGGGGCCGGCGCCGCCCGCCUUCUCGAUGGAGGACGAGGCCGGCCUCGGAGGCCUGCCGCCGUGCGGGCCGCAGGUGUCCGCCUUCUCGCUGGAGGACAGCGAGGAGGACGGCCCCGGCCACGACACGGUGCUCGACUGCAGGACUCCUCCGUCGCCGCCGUCCCUGGAGCGCGACGAGGGGUGCCUCGUGACGGUGACCGAGGGGAGCCGCGCCCGUGGCGGCCCCGACGACUGCUCGCCGCGCGCCGAGGAGAUCGCCGGGGCCAGGCUGCCGCUGCGGCGCACCUGGGACCUCCCUGAGGACUCAAGACGUGCUGCGCGCGGCGCGGCCGGCGUACGCGGGCGCCCCUGCGGAGGCCGCGUCGGUGGGCGCGGCGCCGCAGGGCUCCACGGGCCUCCGCGGGCCCGCUGGCUGGAUCCUGCGCCCGCCGUCGCCGUGGCGCCUCGCGUGGGACCUGCUGGGCUGCCUGCUGGUUGCAGUGAGCGUCUCCGUCGGGCCCCUGGAGAGCUCAACCCGUCGCUGCCUGCCGGGGCCGCCGCUGCCGCGCGGCUGCUGCUGUGGCUGUGUGCGCUCUAUUGGACGCUGGACGUGGGCCUCUGCUUCCGCUCCGGCUUCGUCAGUGGCGCCCGCAUGGUGCUGGACGCCCGGACGAUUGCGGCGCGGUACGCGCAGACGUGGCUGCCUUUUGAUCUUGUCAUGUCGGCCAUCGACUGGGCCGAGGUUGCGCUCGGAGAAGACCCUGGCACGGCGCCCGCCGCCCUGGCCCUGGCGGUGAGGCUGCGGCGGCCCUUGCGGUUGCUGCGAGCUGCGAGGAUUGGACGGAGCCUGGCGCUGCGCAGCGGCUUCCCUGCCUUCCGCGAGUGGGGCUCUCCCGUGCUUGCGCUCGCCUGGCUGGCCGUGAGCUGCCACACCGCGGCUGGGGCUUGGCUCUUCCUGGGGGCUCGCGGGGGCGACUGGCUGGACGCCCACCUCGAGGGCGAGGCCACGUUUUCGGCCAAGCUGUCCGCCUCCACGCACUGGGCUAUCUCUCGGCUGCACGGCUCUGGGCAGCUCCUGCCUAGGACCGCCGGGGAGCAGGCCCUGAGCUCCGUGUGGCUGCUGCUGGCCUUGCUGUCGGUGUCGGCCUUCCUGGCCACCCUCACCGCCGGCGCGACGAGGCGCUGCCUCCUGGCCGCGGAGGCCUCGGACCAGCGUGCGGCCCUGUGCACCUUCCUCGCGCGCCACGAAGUGGGGCCUCGGGCGCAGGUGCUGCUGAAGGUCCACCUCGAGGCCUGGACCCGGCUCCGGGCGAGGCAGGAGGGCGAGCGGCGGCUCCUGGAGGCGCUGCCCGCGCCCCUGCGCGCGGCGGCGCUGUGGGAGGCGCGCGGCCCGGCCCUCCUGGGGCACCACCUCCUGCGGGCCCUGGCGGGCGCCUCCCCGCCCUGCGCCCGGGAGCUGGCCGGCGGCAUGCAGGUGGAGGGAGCCCUCGCCGGCGAUGUCCUGUUCCAGGCGGGCGAGGCGUGCGGGCGCGCUCGCCUCGCCCUCCACGGCCGGCUCGCGUACCGCCUCGGGCGGCCGCCCGAGGCGCCGGACGCGGCGCCGAGCUUGGAGUGCUGCCUGGCGGGCGGCGCGGCGCCGGCGGCCUCCGCCGCGGAGGUGGGCGAGGACAGAGCUGCUGGAGCGCGGGACUCUCGUCAGCGAGGCGGCCCUGUGGGUGGAGUGGGCGACGCACGGCGCGCUGCUGGCGGUCCCUCCGAGGAGGGCCAGCGGAGCCCUCGGACCGACGCCGAGCAGAUGGCGCCCUUGCUGCGCAGGUACCCUGGCGCGCACGCCCUGGUGGCGUGCUACGCUAACUGGUUCGCCAGGCGUGGCGGCUUCGCGACGGAUCUCUUCGUGCCACCGCCGGAGUGGCGCGAGCAGGUCGCGGCCGGUGCUGGCUUCUGAGGUUUUUUUUUCCGCAGUGGUAUGUGCAACGUAGGGUAGUUGAAUGCCGGGACGGUCGGUCCCUGCUCAACCCUCCCUCCACCCCCGUGUGCGCGCCGCCGAUUUCCCUUCUUUGGCCUCCGCAGAUAGCGUGGGAGCCCGUGGCGGCCCUCAAUGGAAGGGCACCGCUGGCACUGAGAAAACAUCGAGCUCACGCGAGCUCACUCGAGCACCAGCCUCCUUCUAAGAAGCCUUGCCCCUUCCCCCUUG